AUGGGGAAAUAGAGUGAAAGACAGUGUGGAGGAAUUCACAUCGGCGGGAUGUGAGAGGUGAGAGCUGACGAGACAAAGGGUUGAGGAGGAAUAGCAGUAGGCAUAGAAAUAAAUGAGAUAGAGAUAAAUCAGAGCGAGGGAGAGGGAUGGAGGGGGAGGGAGAGGAGGGAGGAUCACUGGGCUCCGCCAGCAUGCGGGGAUCAGUAGCAACAGAAUGAGACGGAGAGAGAGAGAGAGAGAGAGAGAGAGAGAGGCUGGAGCGCGCUAAAGGGUCGGAGCUGAGCGCACCGGCGGACUUAAGGACUAUCACACAUGAGAGAGAGAGCGACAUGGAGAACAAGCACGCCGACUAAAGGGGAGGACAGGAAAAGAACAAACCUACGGUGCCCAUGGACUCCGUCCAACUCAUCAUCUGCGGGCCAUCGGUUAGGGGCCCGAGAGAAGCCUCGACUGCGAUGUCCAAUCAGUAGUAUCUAAUCUAAAGGAGGUCAUUAAAGGAAGAACAUUGAGAGUUUAAAAUCGUAUUGGAUAUUGAGUUCCUGUCUCCAGCAUUGACAUAUAAACACUCUCACUCUACCUCACAAACCCGCUACUUCAUUUGGCCAACAAAAGCUGGAUGCAUUCUGGGUUUGAAUUGGGUAUAAUCCUGCUGACGUUAGCUGAUGUCACGGCCCGCCUCCAUCAUGUUCAGCUCGUCUGGGGGCUGAGCCAACCUGCGGAGGAUUAUGGGCAGGAGGGUGGCCGACCCAACCAAUCCAGUGCCUGCGCUGGGGGUUCCCUUGGCAGGGGUGCGAUGGGGCCCGCUGUGCAGUGUCGGCGUGCAAACAUCUCCCGGACUGCGGACUAUCGCCUCCGUCAAACGACACGGCAGCCAACCAACCGACACACAUCGGCCACACACCACGGAAACCUGCAAAACAGCGUCAGCGGAGAAGGCGGGAGUCGUCGGGAGUGACAGCAACAGUAUGCCAGUGUCCAAGGAGCGAUCGCAGAACGAGAUCAACAGCCUGACACAGGGCAACAUGGGGUCACAGGGGCCGGGCAGCCGGGUUUACUGCCAGGUCAAGACACUAAACCCCACGGACACGAGAAAUAAACGGACAGCUAGGUACACAAAUGGCAGCGUGGUGGCCUCCGAUGCAGUGGGAGGAGUUUGCAGCGAGGCCGCAGAAGGGGAGGAGCCGGCCAGAGAGAGAAGGAGGGUGCAGUCUCUGCGAGGAGAGGGCCAUCGCUCCGUGUUGAAGAGCGGCGGUGCUUGUACGACUGUUCACGCCACCCCGCCGCGGCCCUGCCGGUUGAUGCCGACCUCCCCACCCAGUCUUUGUGGGACAUGUGGGAGGAGACGAUCACAGAUCACACCGUGCACAGGCGCAUGUCGCAGGAAGGCCGUCAAUCAAAUAACAGCCAGCCAGACUUUACCGAAUCCGCCACGGAAACCCAACAAGUCCAGAAAGGUAUCCGCUGCGGACCCUGAGCAAUGCAGCAAAAACACAGACGCGGGAAACCCGCCCACGGGCACGGUACCACAGCUUUCGCACACUAUACCAAAAACACACAGCUCCCACUCCAACCACACAUCAAACAGCAAAUCCAAACAGCAGACGAGGCCGCAUUCUGCAGACUUUACUCAUUACAAGGACUCAGCAACGCAAACAACGGACUCAAAGAUGCACAACAACACCACAGCUACCACGCACACGCAGCACCCACAAACACCAUCCGCGGCGGCCCGUUUGACUGACAAACAAAAGUACGACUUGGCCGACAGCCAGCGCGAUGAUAAACUCACACACCCACACACAUCAGUCUGUGUCCCUCCUAAACAGACAGCUCCGUCCCCUCACGGCGACUUCGAAUCGACCGACACCCCACCUCUCCCGCCGAAAUGCUCCCCGAAGCCUGCUCGUUCCAAACCGGCCACACCUGUAGCACAACCUAAAAACACUCAGGACCCCACACACACACCUAAACGGGAAUCCUCGGAGCGGAUCAAACUCAAGGACGGCGCAAGACAGAAGAGCAAAUCCUUUGAGGACCACACUCAGCCUUGCAGGACUCAUAUGAAAGCACAAUGUAACGGGGCUCCGGGAGGGAUGUUGUUUGGACCCGCGGGGAUCGCACCGCGCGGGCUGGAGGGGCAGCUGCACAGUGUGGAGGAGAACCUGCAGUCCAAUCAGGAGAAGAUCAAAGUGCUUCUCAACGUCAUUCAAGACCUGGAGAAGAGCAAGGCCCUCAGCGAAGGUCGCAGCUCAUACAGAACGGGUCAGGACAUUAACAACUGCCCCACCUGCCAAAAGACAGCCUGCAUCAUCUACAGCGUAGAGCAUGAUUUCCGACAACAGGAGGGACGUUUCCAGGGGGUUCUGGAGGCCUUGGAGGGGGAGUGCGAUGUACCUGCACCCACUCCGACCAAGCUCGCCCCCGCCUCACAGGCCUCCUCCUUCCCCAGUCGGCCCAGCGCCAGGGCCCGCGUCAAGAAACUUCGCAAGAAGUGUUUCUGGUGGCUGUAGUACUUGGAAACACGAACAACCUUCCACAUGGCGCAUGGUGAUUGCGUUAUAGGACACCAAAGGCCCAGCAGUUAUGAAACAAAGCUUUUCCCUCUCGGGCCUGUCGGUGUGCAGUGUGUUUGAGUACCACUGAAGCAGCGCCGGCGUCCUGUGCGUCCCAUUAAAUGGCACUUCCCCCACAUCCUCAUCUUUGGAAAUAUACAGCAGGUAACCAAGUGGGGAGGGAAGAAAUGCACUGAAGAUGGAAACAGGACCAAAGCAGCUGCUGAACUUUCCCUUUCUGAUGUGUCUCAAAAGGAUUAUUGAGAAGCGGAUCCACACGGGUUCCUCUCUGCGGGACCAGACUUCAGCAGUUCACGUCCGUGGUUCACUUCUGACUGUGAGGGGACGGUUUUCACACAGCAAUUCCGUGACAGAGAGAUGAAGCGUUGCCACUUUGGAUUACAGACGUGCAUAUUGUUUUUGUCACUCGGCUGAGUGAGCUGCCUGAACAGAUGGACCGAUGUAUGAACGGAUCGAAGCCAAGAGGGAUUCACACUAAAGCUGGGUAUGAAUACUUACAACCAUUUUGGAUAAAUGGCACCCAUUAGCGAGGGGUGUCACAACAAGACGGAAAAUCCAAGCAAUCUAACAACUGAUUGACAUACUGUGUCUUUGGACGGCUUGAAAGGCACAUUUUGAAUGUAUCAACAACUGAAGAGCAAAGAGGGUAUGAGUGGAAAAUGAGCUGAUGGAAACAAAGAGACUGCAGAGCAGUGGAGACUAUUAAGACUGCGUUUAGAAUACAUUAAGAGACAGUGAGAUGUGGAGCUGAUCGCUGACUGACGGGCCGUGUCAGAUGAUAACGCAUUCUGUCAGGGAGGGUGAUUGAUUCUCUCCUUUAUUACCAUUCAAAACAAGAGUGUUUUGACGUAAGGUCAAGCAAGUUUCAAGGCUUUUCCAGCACACGCGUGCAUACAAAUGCCUGUGCAAGUGGCAUAUGCUGCUAUAGGUGUUGACACACAAGUGCAGGUUGCUCACUGAAACACAAGCAAGCACUCAAUACACGCACACGCCCACACACACACGUAAACCAAUGCAAACUAAAGUUAUAACUCCAUAUAUUGGCCUGUAGUAAUGUUUCAACAUUGUAUCAAUAGUUGUAAAGCUUUAGCUAAUGAUGCCCCAAUACAUUCUGUACAAACUAGGCGAAUAUGUGGAGUCCCAAGUUCACCGUACACAAACAGUGCAGCGCUCUUGUCGUGCAACAGAUGGAAAGGCCUAAAUAAUUACUUUCAUUUAAUCGGGCACCCAGUAACCGCCGGAUGCAGAUCCAAAGUCUUUUUGAAAUUUUUGCACAACUUACAUCCCCUUGUUCACUUUUAAUAUAGCAUAAAUAAUAAUUUCCAUAUCUAUUUAGCAUUUUGGGCACACUGCUACUGCUAGAGUUUUCAUUAAGCUAUAAUAGAGAAACAAAAAUAGAUGUUUAAAACAUACAGAAUACAUCUUACAUCCACUUGCUUCUGGCUGAUACGUUGCUGCCAAUCAGACUCCUGGAUGACGCCACACUUAAUAAUUAACCAAAACAGCUCCCAUGAUGCCACUAUCUCCCUGAUCUUCCUCUUGUAUGUGCAAUAAAAAGUGUGUAUUUUAAACAAAAUGUGCCAGUGUAAUAGGUUUCAGAAAGAAAAAGAAGCAAUUAAGAGUGGCAGGCUGGAGUGGAUACAGCGUUGGCUUUUUCACGCAUCCACUUCAAACGCCAGGGAACAAAAGACAGGAAAGAAGGUUCUGCAAUGACUGAGUCAAGGCACAGGCAGAGACAACGCCGGCGCAGAGGUGCAUUUACUUACGAUCAGAGCGUGCUCGCGACCCAUCGUGAUGAAUGUCCGGUUGAUGAUCCUCAGCAGAGACACCACGAUGUCCUGGAUAUGCUGAAACGUUUCACCCUAAAGAGAUGUAGCAGAAAGCAAGAGGAAAGUCAAUGUUGGACAUUUGUCUGACACAUACUUUGUUCGUAGAGCUAUUUCGCCUUCUUGUGAACUCUCCUCACAGAGAAAACACCCACAGUCCAAAGCUUCACUGGGCCUCUGAGAGGAUGAUUGGCAGAUCAAAUAAAACACGGAAGAGAAAUUUGAAGUCCAUUCACUGUUUAGAAACGGAGCCUCACCAUGGACAUGCAGUCAAUCACCUCCAGUGUGGACAUUUGCACCUCGAAGGCACGUGGAGGUGGAUUUUACCUUUGUGCAGACCUGCUUUUGUAUUCCUGACUUUCGCUCUGAAACCAAUUAUCUGUAAUCCUUUAUUUCUCCAUCUGGCCAGAGGCAAACGAGAGGGACCUAGCGGUCUGCUCAGACCAGCUCCUGCUGAUAUCAUUAAAAUAUCACGUCAACUAAAUGGCAAGAGCAGGUACACAUCGAAACCAGCAACUUUUUGUUUGUGUUAUCAGAAUCAGAAUUGAUAGAACAAUUUAAUCUAAACAUAGUGGCAUAACUAGAAGGAUCUUCUCUGCAUUUUAUUGCUCUGCUGCACUUUGGACCCUUUUAGCAAGCAUUCAUCUGUAUUACUUUAAUACUGGAAAUGCAAAAGCUGGUCAAUACAUGAUGAAAAAAGAA